AUGUCCAAGAUUUUCAUAUCAACAGCCAAUUGUGGCAGAGCCCACGAAACAGACAUUUUUGAUGUCUCAAUUUCUACUCCAUUCACCAUAACAGCUUCAGGUGAUGGUACCAUCAAAUUAUGGAAAAAUAAAUUAUUAGACACAGAUCAACCGAGAGAUAAUUUCCAAUCUCAAUUUGUUCACAAGACUGGUGUUCAUCAUGUGGAUAAUUUCCAUAGUAUAGAUUCUCAAGGAAUUGAACAUUUAAUCAUUUCAUGUGUUACUUUCUCAGGUGAGAUUUUUUUUUACAGAUAUGAUUUUGCAAAUUCGAAAUUGAUGAAAUUAGAAUUGAUUAAAGAUAACUUAUUGAAGAAGAAAUCUUAUUGGGCAAUUAAAUGGUUGAAAUCAAAUGAUCAAGUUCUUUCACAUAGAUUAGCAGCUACUGAUGUCAAAGGGUCUACAUAUGUUUGGAAAUUUCAUUUACCAACAACAACAGCAAAGGACGAGGAAGAUGAGGUUGAACAACAUAGUAUAAAUAAUUUAGAAUUAGAAUUUCAAGGUGAGAUUCCAGCUACAUCACCUACAUUUGCUACUUGUGUUGAUAUGGCAUCAUCUCGUGGAUUAAUUGCCACUGGGUUUGCAGAUGGUAAAGUCAUUGUAUCACAAUUAAGUACAUUAAGACCAUUAUAUAAUUUUGAAGGGUUUGGUAUGAAAGGUACUGAACAAAAUAGUAAUUCAGUUCGUGAAGUUAAAUUUUCUCCAGCAGGUACAUUAUUAGCUGUUGCAAAUGAUUCUGGAUCAUUUGGUUGUGUAAGUUUAUAUGAAACUGAAUUUGGUGAACGUGUUGGUAAUUUAACUGUUCCGACUCAUAGUAAUUCUAAUGAAUCAAGUAUUCAAAGUUUUGCUCAUAGUGGAUGGGUUAUGGGAUUAAGUUUUAAUUCUACUGGUGAAUUUUUAAGUAGUUGUGGUUAUGAUAGUAAGAUUCGUGUUUGGGAUGUUAAGAGUAAAGAACGUGUCACAACUUUAAAUAUAUCUGCUGAAGAUAUUGAAAAUGAAGAUGAAAUUUUAUUAAAUGAUGAAUUGGGUGAUUCUUUGAAACAUCCACCUGUUUUAGGUGUUGAAUAUAUUAAUAAAGAUGUUCGUGGUGGUAUGAAUAGUGAAGCAAACGAAGGAUUAUGUUGUGUGUGUAUGGAUAGAAGUGUUAGAUGGUUUAGAGAAGCAGGUGGUAAUUAA